CAGUCCAUCAUCACCCACAACUUUUUUUUGGGUAUAAAAUUUAGCAACACAACAAUAUAAUACAUCCAUCCACUCCAAACUUUCAAUUUCCAAAUAAACAACACACAAAACGAUCGGCGGAGACAUGACGGCGGCACAAGGGAACUCCAACGAGACUCUUUUCUCUUCUUACAAGAUGGGAAGAUUCGAUCUCUCUCAUCGAGUGGUUCUGGCGCCGAUGACGCGGUGCAGGGCGUUGAACGGAGUUCCAAAUGCGGCGUUGGCGGAGUAUUAUGCUCAACGCACCACUCCCGGCGGCUUUCUCAUCACCGAAGGCACUAUGGUCUCUCCCGGAUCUGCAGGGUUCCCACAUGUGCCUGGAAUCUAUUCGGAUGAACAAGUAGAGGCAUGGAAGCAAGUUGUGGAAGCAGUUCACGCUAAGGGAGGUUUCAUCUUCUGUCAGUUAUGGCAUGUUGGACGUGCUUCUCAUCCAGUGUAUCAAGUUAAUGGAGGGUCGCCAAUAUCGUCAACAAACACACCCAUCUCCGAAAGGUGGCGAGUUCUUUUGCCUGAUGGGUCACACGGGAAAUACCCGAAACCCCGAGCAUUAGAAGCUUCCGAGGUACGUCAAGUGGUGGAGGAUUAUAGCCGCUCUGCUCUUAAUGCGAUCCGAGCUGGUUUCGACGGGAUUGAGAUCCACGGGGCGCAUGGUUACCUCAUUGAUCAAUUUUUGAAAGAUGGGAUCAAUGACCGUACUGACCAAUACGGAGGCUCCAUUGCAAACCGUUGUAGAUUCUUACAAGAAGUAGUGGAAGGUGUGGUUUCAGCCAUAGGAGCUAGUAAAGUUGCCGUGAGGGUCUCUCCGGCAAUAGACCACAUGGACGCAACUGAUUCUGACCCGUUAUCCCUCGGGCUAGCCGUUGUUGAUUUACUCAAUAAGUUACAAGUAGCUAAUGGCUCGAAGCUCGCUUACCUUCAUGUAACACAACCUCGCUACCACGCCUACGGCCAAACUGAGUCUGGAAGGCAAGGCAGUGAUGAGGAAGAAGCUAAGCUAAUGAAGAGCUUACGAACGGCUUACAAUGGAACCUUUAUGUCUAGUGGAGGAUUCAACAAGGAACUAGGCAUGCAAGCUAUUCAACAAGGUGCUGCGGAUUUGGUUUCAUAUGGCAGGCUGUUUAUUGCAAACCCGGAUUUGGUUUCGCGGUUCAAGAUUGAUGGAAAGUUGAAUAAAUAUAAUCGGAAGACGUUUUACACUCAAGAUCCAGUCGUUGGUUACACGGAUUAUCCUUUCUUGGCUCCUUUUUCCCGCCUCUGAGUUUUAUUAUCGAUGUUGUAAAGAGAACAAUAUAUUGUAUUAUGUAAGAUGACAUGUGUAACAUUUCGAAUUUUAAUAUACCAGAUAGUCUCUAUUUGAUUUAAUGAAAAAGCUUAA